UUGCUCUAGCUGUGAUUCUUUCAUCUUCCAAAGCCUUUCUUGGCGUGAAGUAAAAUCACCAACAAUAAUGUGAUAGGUUUCGUUUUCCAGCACACUCUUCGUGUGGUUUCUACGAUUAAACCCUUCAAAUAACGACAUGACUUUGAACCAAUACCAGAAACACUACGAAUCGUACCAAAAAAUGACCAAAGUGCGGAAAUUACGUUUGUUGAAUCUUGAAGCAUAAUGAGUGAUCAUUUCAAGAUUACGCCAAAGUAGAGUUCCAAUGGAUGUGCAGACUAGUGACGGCGAAAUGCAUGAAGAUAUUCCAAUCAACCAGAUAGAGAAUCCAUAUGAUGUCUGCGACAUUGGAAAAAAUAAUCACAACUCUACUGAGGAAAAAGAGAAAGACAACGAGGCCCACGAAAAACAAGAAGCCGGUAGCAGUCUCGCGACAGAGAAAGAAAACGAACAUCUACCUAUUGAAGCAGUUAUUGUGAAUAUUGAAGACACUGAAAUGAACGAAAAAGAAUGUAGCGAGACAGCAAAUAUCGAGAAAAUAGAACUGGAAGAUGUAAAGGUUAUUCCACACAAGGACGAUCUGUUGGAGAAGGAAGUAAAAGGAAUGCCGGCGAGCAGUUUUAUUGAAAUACAAGGUUCAUCGCACCGGGUAAAGAAACCAAGGCGAUCGUGGAGUGUAAGAGAACAUGUGAGAGAAAAGCACGAGUUAGCAAGUACCACAUAUCUUUCUGCGAGUGCCCCUCAUCUAACUAUAAUUGAUUCUUCUGUCACUAAUACAAUCAACAUGGUACUGAGGUCCUGGCUACAACCUAUGAACAACAGAAUGAAUAUGAAAGUAUUUGGAAGUAGGAGAGCAAUGAAAGACGAGCAAGAAAGAUACAAAAAAGCAGGCUUUGUGAUCCAUCCAACCAGCUCAUUCAGAAUUAACUGGGACAUCUGGGUGCUGUUGCUGCUGCUGAUCAACAUGUUUGUCUUGCCGGUGACCAUAUCAUUUUUUGGAGACGGGAUAAGCUUUAGUUUACAAGUAUUUUACUUCAUCUCAGACGCGACAUUUCUUCUGGAUAUCCUACUAAACUUCAGAACCGGCGUGUUGGUCCAUGGUUCUCCUAACAAGUUUAUAUUAGAACCCAGCAGUAUUGCUGUUCGAUACGUCAAGACUUGGUUUUUUCUUGAUCUGAUCUCUUCAUUACCCUUUGACUACAUGGUUGAAGCAGCUACACACUCACAAGGAACAAAGCUCUUCGGUGCAUCACGUGCUCUCAAGAUUCUACGACUAGCAAAACUUCUUAGUUUACUGAAGCUGCUUAGAAUAUCAAGGCUCGUCAGAUAUAUCCAUCAAUAUGAAGAGAUCCUGAACAUCACACGAUCUGUGAUGCGCUUCACAAAUCUCAUUAGCCUUAUUCUACUGGUAGCUCACUGGAAUGGAUGCAUGCAGUUCUUGGUUCCUUACGUGCAUGACUUUCCUAAUGAUUCAUGGGUAGUCAUCCAUAAUCUUGUGAACGCGCCCUGGGGUGAUCAGUACUGUUGGUCUUUAUUCAAAGCUCUUUCUCACAUGCUGUGCAUUGGUUAUGGCCGCCAUCCUCCACAAAACAUCCCCGAGGCUUGUGUGACCAUCUUCAGCAUGAUGACGGGUGCUACGUUUUAUGCCUUGUUCAUCGCUCUUUGUAUUAGUUUUCUACAACAAAUGGAUUCUCCUUCCAGACAGUUCAAAGAAAAGAUACAACAAGUGGAAGAGUACAUGGCUUAUCGAAGACUUCCAGUGGAUUUGAGAGAAAAAUUUACUAAAUAUUAUGAACACAGAUUUCAAGGAAAAAUGUUCGACGAGGAAAAGAUCUUGCAUGAAAUAUCAAGGCCACUUAGGCAGAAAGUCAUAAACUACAACUGCAGGAAUCUCGUUCGAUCAGUUCCGUUUUUCGUGGACGCAGACGCGGACUUUGUUUCUGCUAUCAUCACUAACUUAAAGUUUGAAGUUUACCUGGAAGGAGAUGAGAUCAUCAGAGAAGGUGAACUAGGAACCGAGAUGUAUUUCUUGAAAGAAGGAAUUGUGGAUGUUUUUGUUGGUAAAAACAAAGUCAACGAACUGACAGACGGUUCUUAUUUUGGAGAAAUAAGUGUAUUAACAAACGCAAAGCGAACAGCUAGCGUAGUAGCACAGACUGUAUGUGACGUGUUUGUUUUACAUGCUGAAGACUUCAGGGAUGUGGUAGACGAGUUUCCAGAGAUGAGGACCAUUAUGGAGAUAGUAGCAGAGGAACGCCUGAAUAAAAUGGGCAAGCCAGUUGAUCUAUCCACGGUGAAUGUCAAUUCAUCAGAUGCCGAGGCUAAAGUAUCAUUUCAACGGGAAAACCACACAUGCGACCGAGGCAUGAAAUAAUAAUUUGCAACAUCACUGUAAAUCUCUUAAAAUGAAUUACUAUAUUAGCUAGUUCAGAUUACUGGGGAAAGUGUUAGACAACGAGAAUACUAGCUGCGUGUGAGCCUCGAAAUAGCAGAGGACAUUUUGUAAUAUAAAUAAAUCCAUGUUUUUUGUCAACGACAUUUUAUUUGAUUGACAUAUUUUUUAAAUUCUUGAUCUAUGAUACAUGUAGCAAUGAACAACUGGAAAAAACAAUAAACAGUGAUUAGUAUAUUAUAGUUUGCCAU